AUGGCUACGCAAUCAACCCAUCCAGAUCCUCCAACUAUCACUCCUCUUACACCACCCCCUCAGCAUGGCCGUCCCACAGUUGUCGAUGGGAAAGCGAAGACCGCUCCGAGCCGGUUUGUCAAGUCACUGACGGCAAAAGAUGUGUACUUUCUCGCACCGGACCCAUCUCUUGUGCCGAGACCCCUCGCCUUCCGCAAACAGACUCGAAUUGUCACAGCUCCUGCUGUGCUUCAAAGUGGCGCUGUUGAGACCCGUCAAGCUGAGCGUCGUAAGGAGUGGGAAUGCGAAGAGCAACCUCCCGCUUGUCACUUCCGCGACCGUCCUCGUUCCCACCAGCACGCAAUCCUCGACGCCGUUGCCAGGGUAGUCGCCGACGGGCUGGACGCGUCCGAGGUCGCAAAGGACAUGGAUAUGGAAUGGAAUGAGUUGGCUCAAUACAUGGCAAGUUUCGGCGUGUCAGCCAGAGAUAUUCCCAGUGUCUUGGAUCAAGAAAUCCAGUUGUUCUACUCAUCCACUCCAGAGACCCACUUCAAUGUCCGAGAAGGUCAUCCUGAGACAUCUGGAGCCCGUGCCCUGAAGGGUAGAACCACGAAGAAGUGGGAAGCCAGCUCAUAUGACGGGUCAGAAAGCACUCACAGUCGAAUAGGUUGUCAAGGAGUUCCAUCGUGGAUUAAGGGUCAAGGUGACGUCUUUCGAGACAAUCCUUCAGCAGUCGUCACACUGGUGAGUGGUACCCAUGUCGAGAACGAAGACGUGUAUUACGAUGCCCUAGAAAGUCAAGAUGAAAUUACGAGCCAAGAAUCCAAAUUGACAUCAUCGGGCAGCGACAGCCUCACAAGUUAUAAGGACCUGGCAAUUCCAGAACUCCAUCUCCCCUCUAUUGUCGGACUGGUAAUUAUCUCUCCUCUACACGCCAAUUUUGGGAGAGAGGCAAUAGAUCUGGGAGCCCCAAAGACACAUGCUUCGAGAUCCAAGAGAUUGUUCUGGAAUAUCCCAAGUACAGUGUGGAUGAUCCUCGGCGUGAUGGUUGGACGACUGCUGGGUAUACUCCUGGCGGAGCUGCACCAGUUUGUGCUCUACCACUAA